AAGAUAUUCCUGAGAAUAUUGUUUUAGAAAUUGAACCAGAUUUAGAAAAGAAUAAUCUCGAUAUGACAAAUAAUGAUAAUGAUAAUGAAUUUAUUGAUUCAAAUCUUGAAUUACCUGGAAUUAAUAAAACUAAUGAAGAUAAAGAAAAUUAUGAAACUAUUCCUAUUUUUCAAAAAAUUCACAACACAACUUCUUUUGAAAUAGGAGAUUAUGUCAAGCUUGAUUGUGCUAAUGGUGUUUUAGAUACUUGUUUUUGUACAUCUGAUAUAGGUCUAUUAGAAUCAUCUAACUAUCCUGAAUUAACCAAAAUUCUAUCCAUUCAACUUUCUUUACAUAUAGCUGCUAUUAAACAAAGUAGUAUAUCUAUAA